AGAUUGAGACCAUGUCGGAAAUUUCAGUCAACCCUCCCUCACGUUCGUUCAAUGGGAAGGUCGCUAUAGUCACAGGUGCAGGUUGCGCGGGAGAUGGGAUCGGGAACGGUCGCGCAAUAUCCAUCUUACUCGCUGACGACGGUUGCAAUGUCAUUUGUGUGGAUCGGGACCUCUCUUGGGCAACCAAGACCUGCGAGAUUGCGAACUUAAAGCCCGGCAGAGGGAAGACAAUACCAAUACAGGGAGACGUCACAUCGUCAACAGACUGCCAAAAUGUUGUUCAGCAAGCAAUAUUCGAGUUUGGUCGACUUGACAUUCUCAUCAAUAAUGUGGGUGUUGCCGGUGCACCAGGUACUGCGGUCGAAGUUGAUAUGGAACAAUGGACCAAAAGUCUCGACGUCAAUGUCUCUAGUAUGGUUUUGAUGGCCAAAUACGCGAUUCCUGCCAUGCAGAAAAAUGAGGGUGAAAUCAAGGGGGCAAUCGUCAAUAUGGGCAGUGUCGCGGGAUUGAAGGGAGGGACGCCGCACUUGCUCUACCCGACGAGCAAGGGCGCUAUCGUCAAUAUGACACGAGCAAUGGCGGCGCAUCAUGCUGGAGAUGGUAUUCGUGUCAACUGCGUUUGCCCUGGCAUUCACAACAUCUUUGCUAAUAUUGGUCAGAUGUUAUAUACCCCCAUGAUGUAUGCUGGCGGAAUGAGUGAAGAGGCAAGAGCCGCAAGGAAACAGAGAAGCCUUUUAGGCACAGAAGGUAACGGAUGGGAUGCUGCAUGUGCGGUUGUCUUUCUCGCAAGCAAUCAUGCACGUUGGAUGACUGGUGUUAUUCUUCCAGUCGAUGCUGGAACUACCGCAGCUGUUGGCAUUGGAAUGGUAAAAGCUGCCAGCGUUAAUGGUUGA